CAGCAACCGACAACACACAAAUGCAACAACCAGCACACUCCAAACGUCCAUUCUACAACCCGCACACUGGCUGCGGAACCUCCCCGAGGCUGGUCAUUUGCCAAUUGUCGAGAUCAUGUCAGUGCCGCCGACGGCGUACGCCAUCUUUGGAGCCGUUUCGAUCCUGCCGGCUCUUUGUAUUGGGCAAGGCGCCUGGCAAAUGGGACGUUCGCUCGCUGAGAAGUCUACGGGGAAGGACGCGGCGCUUGUGCGUCCGUUCGAAGGCCUCUUUGCUGGGAUCACGACUAUUGGCGCGCUUCACCUCACUGGUGACGCUGCUUUGCGUCGGUUCAAGCCUCAAACAGUAAUGAGCGAGGCCAUUCUCUCUGCGAGCAAACCCUACGCCUCUCAAACCAUCACGGCCGGUGCUAUCAUUGCGGGCGUCUAUGUCUUUCACGUCGUGGGCGCAUUGUCCUUUGCCGAGUCGACAAGUAGUAGCAUGGCGAGCAGUUCGAAUGAUUAGAUAUUAGUAAUCGCUUAUGUCAAGUCCACAGGUUGACUUUUCUGUCC